CAACCAGUAAGAUACAGUGCUGUUUUCCACCCAGAUGCAUUGAAUUUAUAUAAGGCAAAGCCUGAUGGAUAUUUUCCUGCUACUGAAAAUUCCCUGAAGUAGUACUUACCACUGUUUCAUCAUGACUUCCUACACUGACAAAGGGCAGAAGCUGGAGAAGGGUCAAUAUGUCAGAUUUCAUCAUAUCACUUUCUGGGUAGGAAAUGCCAAACAGGCUGCAUCAUAUUACUGCACAAGGUUUGGAUUUGAGGCGUUGGCAUAUAAAGGACUGGAGACAGGAAGUCGCGAGGUGGUGUCACAUGCCGUUAGGCAGAAUAAAAUUAUAUUUGUUUUCCAAUCAGCACUAAAUCCUGGUAACAAGGAAAUGACUGACCAUCUGGGCAAACAUGGGGAUGGUGUGAAGGACAUCGCAUUCCAAGUGGAAAAUUGUGACUUCCUGGUGAAGAUGGCAAAGGAACGUGGUGCUGACAUUGUGAAGGGACCUUGGAUAGAGGAGGAUAAUGACGGCAAAGUGAAAUUUGCCAUUCUGAAAACUUAUGGGGAUACAACACAUACCCUUGUGGAGUAUUUGGGACCAUACCGUGGCCUUUUCCUGCCAGGAUACAAGGAGCCCCUCUACAGAGACCCACUCACUCCCACGCUAUCCAAAGGAUGUCUGAAUUUCAUUGAUCAUGUUGUGGGAAAUCAGCCGGAAGAUGAAAUGCUACCUGUGGUAGAUUGGUACCUGAAAUGCCUAAUGUUUCACCGAUACUGGUCAGUGGAUGACAAACAAAUCCAUACAAAUUAUAGCUCCUUGCGUUCCAUCGUUGUCACCAACUAUGAGGAAACGAUCAAAAUGCCCAUCAAUGAGCCGGCUGCUGGACGGAGAAAAUCCCAGAUCCAGGAGUAUGUGGAUUACAAUGGUGGAUCUGGAGUACAGCACAUUGCUCUCAACACCUCUGAUAUCAUCCAGUCUGUCACAAAUUUAAAGAGCCGUGGGACGGAGUUCCUGAACACCCCAGACUCUUACUACAAUCAGUUGAAAGAAAAAUUAAAGACGGCAAAAAUAAAGGUGCAAGAGGACCUGAAAAAGUUGCAGGAGCUCAAGAUUCUUAUUGAUUAUGAUGAGAAUGGCUACUUACUGCAGAUCUUCACCAAACCUGUCCAAGAUAGACCCACGCUCUUUCUGGAGGUGAUACAGAGGCAUAAUCACAAUGGCUUUGGAGCUGGAAACUUCCAGUCAUUAUUUGAAGCUAUUGAGAACGAUCAAGAGGCAAGAGGAAACCUCACUGUUUACACAGCCGACAAAGUGCGACCAUUUUAUUGAAAUAACUGGCCAGCAAAUCGUAGCAUACACUUAGAGAGCUUCUCUGUAGUAUUAGUAAUUCUUCAUCUUCUUCAGCAUUUACCUCCUCCCAGAGACUUUAUAAACUUAAAUCCAAAGAUUGUGUUACAUAAUCAUGUUACAUUUUAAUUUGUCUUUUCUCUGCCUGGGUCGGUGUCUGUGACUCCCUGUCAUCUCAGUUUCUAAAUGAGUGUUGUACUUCUCAAUUGCACUUCUUGUGAUAUCAAAGGUCACAGGUCAUUCAAGCUCAGUGAUCUAAAAAAAGUUCUCUCCUUGCUUAGUCUCAGUGUUUAACAUGUAUACAUACAUACACCCCAUGUAGAAAUUUGCAUCUAAAACACAUUCAUUCAUAUUCAUGUGCAACAUGCAUUCACAUCGUACAUUUGAGUUACAUUCACGUGUGAUCAUUUUUAUUUUCUCUUGCACUUGCACAUACUGUAAACUUACAUACGAACCAGAUACAUUCAAUCACUUUCUCACACAAUCAUUAACACCUUCGCAUAAGCAAUGUACAUUCCUUCCUCUGCACAGAUAUGAACACACAGUGUAAUGUGCACUAGUAGAUAAGAGCAAAUACAUUCCCCAUUGGACUACUACUGAAUUUACCCUAUGAAUUGAGAAUCUUUAAUAAACAUGUCUACCUA